AAUUGACCUCCCAUUCGCACCCAUUUCCGCCAUUCGCAACUCCCCUCUCAAAGUCUGUACUACCCUUUACCCUCUCAGCCUCGCCGGAAAACACCAAAUUCAAACAAAAUCCAAUUCCCAAUUCACUAACCACACAAUUGGAUCUACAUUAGUCGCAUUACACACCCAAAUGGGUUGCUCUCCGAGUUCUCCUACGGUCGCAAACAAGUUUUCUCUAUAAUUAUUAUUCUUAUUUCUCUAUCUAUCUUUCUCCGCUAUUACACAAGAAUCUGUCUCGAAACCCAAACUGGACAGGUAGCCUAGUAGUUAGUUGCAUUACACACCCAAAUGGGUUGCUGUCCAAGUUCCCCCUACAAAGCUGAUGCUGCUGCUGAUUCCACCCACGAACACCGCCACUCGUCGGCAGCCAGACCUGACCCGUCCAGCCGUUCCAGGACUGCGGCGGCGGUUGCACCACCCGAAGAGGAGACCGUCAAGGAAGUACUCUCCGAGACUCCCAUUGCCAAGAUUAGCGAAAAGGACGACAAACAGAGAGUGCUUAAGCCAUUGCAAAAGCAGGACCACCCCAAGAAAAAUAUCAACAAGAAAACGCCAUCGUUUAGGACAGAGGAGGCUUCUGAAGUCUCCGACAUCCGUAGCCUGAGCGAGCUCAGCGUCUCCACGGUGGCGGACAAGAGGGACGACGACGGCGUCGCCGGCGGCGAGGAGGCCCGGCAGAGGGUGGCCGGCAGAUCUCCGGCCAAAUUCCGCAACCGUGAGAGGCGGGACAGGACGGCGGCGGGGGGCAAGUCUCCGACGAGGAGAUCCGACCCGUCUCCGGGUCGGGUCAGAUCCCUGUCCGGGAGGGAGAGGGCGGGGCCGGCCGACGGGAAGAGGCGGGAUUCGGGUGAGAGUUCGAGCCGGAGGUCAAUGUCGCCGGCAACGCGCGCGACGGAGAUGGGGUGCGGGAGGCCAGGCAUGGGUCGGACCUCGUCGGCGAGGAGGACGGGGAAGAGCCCGGGUCGGGUGCCCGGGAAGACGCACCCGACCCAGAAGUUUGAAGGGAAUGAGGAGGGGGAAGUUCCAGGUGAUAGUAACAAGUGGCAGCAGCCACCGACGACGGAUGAGUCGCUGGAAAACCCACUUGUGUCCCUGGAAUGUUUCAUCUUUCUGUAAGGAAAUUGUGGUAGAGAAUGUAAUUUAGGUUGUUGUUUGAGGUCAUUUUCGGGAUGACACGGUUGACUACAUUUUAUUGGUAUUUACGAAUGCUGCCGAGUGGCCAAUUCAGCUGUUCAUUUCGGCAUGGAUAACUCGGAUCAAAUCUGAACGGUUCAUUGCUCGAUUAAGAUAUGAACUGUCAUCUUUCUGCAAGGAGAUUAUGGUAGAAGCUGUAAUUUAGAGUGAUAGGAGGUUAUUUUCGGAAUGAGAUGGUUGACUUAUUUUUACUGUU